CUGCUAUGAGGAGUGAAGGGGAAAGAUGAAGAAAGAGAAAAAUGAAAUUUGAUGGAGAAGAAUGACUCCUCCUUAUUUUCCCGACGUCCCAUCUGUUGAACCAUCAGUUUUAGAAGAAAACGAUUAAGUUUAUUAGACAGGCUAAUAGCUGCAAGAACAAGAACUUUCCUGGUGAAGACUCUCCACCAGCUGUUCUGUCUAGCCUUCUGUGUGCAUGUGUGCGCUGGCAGCGCCUCGGGGUGCGUGGUUCUGCGCCCCGAGCACAAACUUGGACCCCAGUAAAUGGCUCCUAGGGGCUGCGCGGGGCCGCAGUCUUCACCGCCUCCGCAGGCCUGGAUCUGGCGGGGAAAGAUGCUAGCCAUGGGGGCGCUGACAGGCUUCUGGGUCCUCAGUCUCCUCACCUAUGGUUACCUGUCCUGGGCCCGAGGCUUAGAGGAGGACGAGGAAGGGGCUCUGAGAGCUCAAGCUGGAGAAAGACUGGAGCCCAGGACAACUUCCACCUCCCAGCCCCAUCUCAUUUUCAUCCUAGCGGAUGAUCAGGGAUUUAGAGAUGUGGGUUACCACGGAUCUGAAAUAAAGACACCCACUCUUGACAAGCUCGCUGCAGAAGGGGUUAAACUAGAGAACUACUAUGUCCAGCCUAUUUGCACACCGUCCAGGAGUCAGUUUAUUACUGGAAAGUAUCAGAUACACACCGGACUUCAACAUUCUAUCAUAAGACCUACCCAGCCCAACUGUUUACCUCUGGACAAUGCAACCCUACCUCAGAAGCUAAAGGAGGCUGGAUAUUCAACACACAUGGUUGGAAAGUGGCACUUAGGUUUUUACAGAAAAGAGUGCAUGCCCACCAAGAGAGGGUUUGAUACCUUUUUUGGUUCCCUCUUGGGAAGUGGUGAUUACUAUACUCACUACAAAUGUGAUAGUCCAGGAAUGUGUGGUUAUGAUUUGUAUGAAAAUGACAAUGCUGCUUGGGACUAUGAUAAUGGCAUAUACUCCACACAGAUGUACACUCAAAGAGUACAGCAAAUAAUAGCUUCCCAUAAUCCCAGAAAGCCUAUAUUUUUAUAUAUUGCCUACCAAGCUGUUCAUUCACCACUGCAAGCCCCUGGAAGGUAUUUUGAACACUAUAGAUCCAUUAUCAACAUAAACAGGCGCAGGUAUGCUGCCAUGCUUGCCUGCUUAGAUGAAGCAAUCAACAAUGUGACCCUGGCUCUGAAAACAUAUGGUUUCUACAACAACAGUAUUAUUAUUUACUCAUCAGAUAAUGGUGGCCAGCCUACAGCAGGAGGAAGUAACUGGCCUCUCAGAGGUAGCAAAGGAACAUAUUGGGAAGGGGGUAUCCGGGCUGUUGGCUUCGUGCAUAGCCCACUUCUGAAAAACAAGGGAACAGUAUGUAAGGAACUUCUGCACAUCACAGACUGGUAUCCUACUCUGAUUACACUGGCUGAAGGACAGAUUGAUGAGGACAUUCAACUGGAUGGCUACGACAUCUGGGAGACCCUAAGUGAAGGUCUCCGUUCACCUCGAGUGGAUAUUUUGCACAACAUUGACCCAAUAUACACCAAGGCGAAAAAUGGCUCAUGGGCUGCAGGUUAUGGGAUCUGGAACACUGCGAUCCAAUCGGCCAUCAGAGUUCGGCACUGGAAACUGCUGACAGGCAAUCCUGGAUAUAGUGACUGGGUUCCCCCUCAGUCUUUCAGCAACCUGGGACCGACUCGGUGGCACAAUGAGCGUAUUACAUUGUCAACUGGUAAAAGUAUAUGGCUUUUCAACAUCACAGCUGAUCCAUAUGAGAGAGUGGACCUAUCUAAUCGGUAUCCUGGAAUUGUGAAACAGCUUCUACGAAGGCUCUCACAGUUCAACAAAACUGCAGUGCCCGUCAGGUACCCCCCUAAAGAUCCCAGAAGUAACCCCCGGCUCAACGGAGGUGUCUGGGGACCCUGGUACAAAGAGGAGAACAAGAAAAAGAAGACAAACAAAACUAAGGCUUCAAGAAAGCAAAAGAAAAGUAAGACAAAAAAGAAGAACCAGCAGAAAGCGGGCUCAUUUCCAAAUUGCCAUUCAGGUACUACUCAUGGAUAAGUACAAACUUUUCCUGCUGGGUUAAACUUAAUUCUUAGCCUUUCAUCUAUUUUCUAAGCAAGCCAGCCAAGUUUAGCUCAAUAAUAUACUGCCAUAGCAGCAGACAUGUUUUCAUAUUGUGCCCCAUCAGAGACUUCUGUGGCCUGGAUGCCUACAUGGACAACUGUUCUGUUCCAUGUCAAGAGUGCUACUCGUGUGAGUCACACUUGGAGGAGGAUGGUUUAGUUUUCUUCUCCCUUUUCAAAAGGUGCUCAGUAAUGAGUUCAACUGCUGUGCCUUAGUGAAUUAACCAAGCACAAUGCUUUAAAUUAUG